CGUGGGCGUCGCGCUUAAUUUUUCUUCCCUUACUUUUCUUCCUGACAAGUAUGGUUGGUAUCUGCUUCCGUCUUCCGAUGGCUUCUGAAAAAAUCGCAAAAGUCUUGUCGUUCGAGGGUCUGAUCUCCGCACCUUUUACGGCCUUCAAGCCUAACGGUGAGAUCAAUGAAAAAAUCAUUCCGGAUUACGUGGAGCAUUUAGUAAAGAAUGGAGUAAAAGGUGUUUUUGUGAAUGGUACGACUGGCGAAGGUCUUUCCUUGACCGUAGAAGAGCGGAAAAGCAUUGCUGAAGGCUGGGUCAAAGCAGGAAAAGGAAAAUUGGAGCUUAUUAUCAUUCAGGUCGGAGCUAACAGUAUCAAGGAUGCUCAAGAACUGGCUCGACACGCUGAAUCUGUGGGUGCAUCUGGGAUCGCAUCUCUUCCUCCCCUCUUUUAUAAGCCGCCUUCCGAUGAGCAUCUGGUGGCAUACUUCAAGGGUAUAGCGGAUGCUGCGCCAUCUUUGCCUCUGAUGCUGUACCACAUUCCCUCUUAUUCGGGAGUCGAGAUCGUACUGGCAGAGUUUCUGCCUAAAGCCCGAGCUGCCAUCCCGACUUUCUGUGGAGCAAAAUUCACUUCCACUGACGUCAGAGAUCUGCUCAAGUGCCACACGUUUACGGAAAAGCCGUUUAAACUUCUUUCUGGAUUCGAUGAGGUGUUGCUGCCUUGCCUUGCUUGUGGAGUAACUGCAGCCGUUGGAGCGAGUUACAACUUCAUGGCACCCAUUUCCUUGCGUGUUCUCGAUGCUUUCAAGAAAGGAGACAUCAAAGGCGCCAGAGAAAUACAGAAUCGUGUCUUGAAGGCUGUACAGACGUUGGCUAGACACGGUCAGGGCAUUGCGUGCUUUAAGGCUGCUAUGAAUCUGGUGGGUCCUUUGGAUGUCGGUGCUCCUCGCCUGCCCCUUGUUCCACUGACCGCCGAAGCUCUGUCACAACUGAAAGAAGACCUGAAGACAUUGAAAGCCGAAGAGUGGUCAAGAAUUUAAAAAGCCUCGAAUACUUAUACAUUCCGUAAUAGUUCAGGAAAGUGUCGAUUCCUGCUGUUAAAAAAGGAUAUUCUGCUAAAACGUAAAUUUUAGUAGGACUCCAAUAAUCUGAAGCUCCAAUUAUCAGGAUAAUAACGUUGUUUCUUCUAUCCAAGUAAAAUUCAGCUUGCUAUUAACCCUUAAACAUAUGAAUUUUUAUUUUUAUUUUUUAAUUCAAGUCAAAAAUAAAUUAGAAUUGAUAUCAAAUAAAAUAGGAAAAAUACUAAAAAUGUCUAAACUAAGUUUUUAUUCCAAUUUUUUUAAAUAAUAUUAUAGUUGCCUAGCGGCUACAUUAUGCAAAACAAAUAUGAUAGGUGAAUGUGUAAUACCAAUUUUACGCAAUAAUACGUACCUUAUAAACUUGUUCAAAUCAUUUUAAAAUUUGAAUACAUCAAAAUAACAACAACACAUAAAAUCAAAAAUUCGUAAACACAAAUGAUGUCUACACCUUACACAUCAACUCGUAAUAAAGGCCGUUACAGCGUUAGUCUUACACUGGAACUUUCACCGUAAACAGUGAACAGCAUGUAUCCAAUUGGUUACACUAUGCAGUAAGUUAAAUUUGUGUUCUGAUUUGAUUUGCAUGUCUGUAUGUUGCCAAAUGGCAACUGCAUGUAUUUAAGGGUCAAUUACUAUAACCUGGCUAGAUACAUACUAGUGUAGAAUAUAAAAUUAAGAGGAGAAAGCUUUGUGUAAAAUUCUAGACAUUUCAUGAGCGAUGGACAUAAAUUCACCUCGUCGUUUCUUCAGAUGGUGAAAAUAUUUUUACUAACUUUUUAAACUAUAUUUUUACCAGAAUAUGUUAGGUCUUUCCUCCUUUUCUGCUGUAGAAGCGGGGUUUAUGACAAUCGCCUUCAAAAUCUGUAGAGCUUUAUAUAAAAUCUAUGCUAAAUUAGCUUGUUUUUUUAAUUAUUAUUCUGCAAGUGUUACAUAUAUCACUCAAUUGUGCGAUUGCUUGUACAGUCUGUGUAUCAUAAGAAAAUCUCUCGCCAGUUAGUCUGCAGCUUUCUGUUGCCGUAGAAACGAGUCUUGACCCAUUUUCCGUAGGGGUGUCUUGAAGACGAAUGAUAAACUCUUUUCCUCUUAGCAAACAGUCGUCAAAAACAAAUAAUAAUAAAGCAAAUCAUCUUUGAAAUAUAUUAUCCCUGUUGCUAUAGCGACCGCAUCCUCCAGACACUGUGGCGGGGCUGUUCGAGCAGACAGACAGUAACUUAGUCGUUAGUUUGAAUAUAACAGAAAAGGAUCUUGAUCAUCAUUUUACGUCAGUUUACAUAAUGUUCGGAGAUUACUGUUACUUAUAAAAAAUGGAGUAAUUUUAUCUGAAUUUUAGUUGAAUAGAGAGAGAUUAUGUGUCUUGAUUAACCUAAUAACAAAUAAUCUAUUCUUUUUUUUUAAAUUUGGAAUGAUAAGACAAUAUUAUCUAUUUUUUGAGAGCCUUCAUAAAUAAAUAGUUAAUUCCAUUGUUUUAUUUUUAUAUGAAAUUAAAAUUGGUGUGUUUCGAAAAAAAAAAAAAAAAAAAAAAAAAAAAGAGUUUUGUUGUUCCGUUUUGUUUUGUCUUUAAUGCAGUUUAUUUAGUUUAAUUGCAUUAUCGUGAUUCAUCAACAUCUUUGUUAAAAUGUAAUAAAGUUUCGAAAGUGAAAUUUAUAUAAAA